UUUGUCUCCAUUGCAGAUUGUGACGAAUUGGAAAUCGAGAACAAGGGUGACCAUUGUAACAUCCCCAGAGAGGAGAAGCCAUGUAAAAAUUCGGAGUGUGGAGAAAGCUGCAGUCAGAACUCCCAUUCCACUUGCUGUCAACAAAAUCUCAUUGGAAAGAAACUCUAUCAGUGCAUGGAAUGUGGAAAGAGCUUCAGUCAGAGAUCCUCUCUCACUAAGCAUCAGAGAAUUCAUACAGGGAAGAAACCCUAUCAGUGUGUAGAAUGUGGAAAGAGCUUCAGUCAGAGCUCCUCUCUCGCUUCCCAUCAAAGAAUUCAUACAGGGGAGAAACCAUAUCAGUGUGUGGAAUGUGGAAAGAGCUUCAAUGAUAGCUCCUCUCUCACUUCCCAUCAAAGAAUUCAUACAGGGGAGAAACCGUAUCAGUGUGUGGAAUGUGGAAAGAGCUUCAGUCAUAGCUCCUCCCUCACUUCCCAUCAAAGAAUUCAUACAGGAGAGAAACCCUAUCAGUGCAUGGAAUGUGGAAAGAGCUUCAGUCAUAGCUCACAUCUCACUUCCCAUCAAAGAAUUCAUACAGGGGAGAAACCUUAUCAGUGUGUGGAAUGUGGAAAGAGCUUCACUGGUAGCUCCUCUCUCACUUCCCAUCAAAGAAUUCAUACAGGUGAGAAACCCUAUCAGUGCUUCGAAUGUGGAAAGAGCUUCAUUCAUGGUUCACACCUCACUUCCCAUCAAAGAAUUCAUACAGGGGAGAAACCAUAUCAGUGCGUGGAAUGUGGAAAGAGCUUCAGUCAGAGCUACUAUCUCACUUCCCAUCAAAGAAUUCAUACAGGGGAGAAACCCUACCAGUGUGUGGAAUGUGGAAAGAGCUUUAGUCACAGCCACAGUCUCACUUUCCAUCAAAGAAUUCAUACAGGGGAGAAACCCUAUCAGUGUGUGGAAUGUGUAAAGAGCUUCAGUAAGAAGGAGAGUCUCACUUCCCAUCAAAGAAUUCAUACAGGGGAGAAACCCUAUCAGUGCUUUGAAUGUGGAAAGAGCUUCAGGAAGAAGUUCGGUCUCACUUCCCAUCAAAGAAUUCAUACAGGGGAGAAACCCUAUCAGUGUGUGGAAUGUGGAAAGAGAUUCACUGAUCGCUCCACUCUCAAUUCCCAUCAAAGAAUUCAUACAGGGGAGAAACCCUACCAGUGUGGGGAAUGUGGAAAGAGCUUUAGUCACAGACACCAUCUCACUUCCCAUCAAAGAAUCCAUUCAGGGGAGAAACCAUAUCACUGUGUGGAAUGUGGAAAGAGCUUCAUUCAGAGCGCCCAUCUCACUUCCCAUCAAACAAUUCAUACAGGGGAGAAACCUUAUCAGUGUGUGGAAUGUGGAAAGAGCUUCAGGAAGAAAGACAGUCUUACUUGCCAUCAAAGAAUUCAUACAGGGGAGAAACCCUAUCAUUGUGUGGAAUGUGGAAAGAGCUUCAGUAACAGCUCCCAUCUCACUUCUCAUCAAAGAAUUCAUACAGGGGAGAAACCAUAUCAGUGUUUUGAAUGUGGAAAGAGCUUUAGUUACAGCCGGAGUCUCACUUCCCACCAAAGAAUUCAUACAGUGGAGAAACCUUAUCAGUGCAUGGAAUUUGGAAAGAGCUUCAUUCAGAGCUCCUCUCUCACUUCCCAACAAAAAAUUCAUACAGGGGAGAAACCAUAUCAGUGCUUUGAAUGUGGAAAGAGCUUUAGUUACAGCCACAGUCUCACUUCCCAUCAAAAAAUUCAUACAGGGGAGAGACCCUAUCAGUGCCUGGAAUGUGAAAAGAGCUUUAGUUACAGCCACAGUCUCACUUCCCAUGAAACAAUUCAUACAGGGGAGAGACCCUAUCAGUGCCUGGAAUGUGAAAAGAGCUUCAGUAAGAAGGAGAAUCUCACUUCCCAUCAAAGAAUUCAUACAGGGGAGAAACCAUAUCAGUGCAUGGAAUGUGGAAAGAGCUUCAGUCAGAGGUCAAUUCUCACUUCCCAUCAAAGAAUUCAUACAGAAGAGAAACCUUUUCAGUGCUUUGAAUGUGGAAAGAGCUUCAGUCACAGCCACAGUCUCACUUCCCAUCAAAGAAUUCAUACAGGGGAGAAACCCUUUCAAUGCGUUGAAUGUGGAAAGAGCUUCAUUGAUAGCUCCGAACUCAGUUCCCAUAAAAGAAUUCAUACAGGGGAGAAAUCCUAUCAGUGUGUGGAAUGUGGAAAGAGCUUCAGACAGAGCUCCUCUCUCACUUCCCACCAGAGAAUUCACACAGGGGAGAAACCCUAUCAGUGUGUGGAAUGUGGAAAGAGCUUCAGACAGAGCUCUUCUCUCACUUCCCAUCAAAGAAUUCAUACAGCGGAGAAACCCUAUCAGUGUGUGGAAUGUGGAAAGACUUUCAGACAGAGCUCCUCUCUCACUUCCCAUCAAAGAAUUCAUACAGGGGAGAAACCCUAUCAGUGCGUGGAAUGUGGAAAGAGCUUCAGUAAGAAGGAGAGUCUCACUUCCCAUCAAAGAAUUCAUACAGGGGAGAAACCAUAUCAGUGUGUAGAAUGUGGAAAGAGCUUCAGGAAGAACAUCCAUCUCACUUCCCAUCAAAGAAUUCAUACAGGGGAGAAACCCUAUCAGUGCAUGAUAUGUGGAAACAGCUUCAGUCAGAGGUCCUCUCUCACUUUCCAUCAAAGAAUUCAUACAGGGGAGAAACCCUAUCAGUGCAUGAUAUGUGGAAAGAGCUUCAGUCAGAGGUCCUCUCUCACUUCCCAUCAAAGAAUUCAUACAGCGGAGAAACCCUAUCAGUGUGUGGAAUGUGGAAAGACCUUCAGACAGAGCUCCUCUCUCACUUCCCAUCAAAGAAUUCAUACAGGGGAGAAACCCUAUCAGUGCAUGGAAUGUUACAAGAGCUUCAGACAGAGCUCCAAACUCACUUCCCAUAAAAUAAUCCAUAUGCAGUUUGGAAAAACAAUUAUACAGUCUAAUCAGCACCUUUUUAACCAGACCUUUUCCUGAUUCAUAUCUAAUGCCCUUUUAAAAUGUGGUGUUUUGUGUUUUUAUGUUGUGUUUUUAUGUUGUAACCAUCCUGAGACCCGUGGGUGUAGGGAAUAGGUGCCAACUCUUAAAGGCCCAGG